AUGGAUCAAGCGUUUCUCUCUGUAGAAAAUAUGGAUGGAAAUGUGGAAUUUCAAUGCACAGCAUCUGGAAGCAAAGCAGGUUAUGUUUUAAGUAAUGUGGCCGAAGUGGUGGAGAGAAUUCUGACGUUUGUCCCGACCAAAUCAUUGCUCCGCACUGCUUGUGUGUGCAGGCUGUGGAGGAACUGCGCCCUCCGUGUGCUGAGGACGCAGCAGAGAGUGACCUGGGUGUCUUCGACAGGGUCGGGCAGCGGUGAAGGGCAUGUCUUGUGCAAGAAUUUGGUGGAGGAGGUGGAGAACAUUUACCUGCUGCCCCAGACAGUUCUGUUAAUGGUGGACAGCGAGACCAUUAACGGACAGGAUUGUUGCCUCAGGCAGAAGAAAGCCAGGAAGGCAGACAGUGUAGAUCCAGCAGAGGAGCUGAGCAUGCUGUUUCCAAGAGGCUGCGAGAUUCUUGGGAUUGCCACUCCAGGCGUUGUGUUGACCCCCAGUGGUUCCUGUUCCAGCAUGCCCCAAGAGCACCAGGAUGGCGAGGCUGGCUUUGCGCUCAUGUUCCCCAGCAUAGAUGGAGUGACCAUUCGCCCCUUCCACUUCUGCAAGCAGAGCCUUUCCCAAACUGCUCUGGAAGAUGCAGGGCUUAUUGGUAACCCAGACCUGCGUGUGGUCCUUCUGUUUGGGUAUGAAGCCUUCAAAUCUGGAGCUGCUCGAUUCCUCAACAAGGUCCUUGAGCCCCUGGCACAAAGCAGUGCCCUCAUCGCAGGAGGUCAUGUUGAGAAUGUCUUCACCCACUCAAGGGAGUGCUGCGGCCGGGGCUCGUACGGUGUGGUGGGACUGGCACUGAGCGGCUCCAGGAUCCAGGGGGCGUCAGUGCUGUUGGACCAGGACGUGAGCAGUGAGAAGUCGGCCGAGGCGGCCAUACAGAGGCUGAAGUCAGCCAACAUCCCCGAGAGGAACACGCUGGGCUUCAUGUUUGCCUGCGUGGGCCGUGGCCACAACUACUACAGCGGCAAGCGCAAUGUAGAGGCUGACACCUUCCGCAAGGUCUUCCCCAACACUCCGCUCUUUGGCUUCUUUGGCAAUGGCGAGAUCGGCUGCGAUCGCAUCGUGACCGGGAACUACACGCUGACCGAAACAGACCCAGACAGCCUGCAACACGGUUACACCACAGUCAUGACUCUGGUUCAUCUGGGAUAGCACUGUAAGAACAGAGGCCAGAACGAUGGCCAUAAAGCUGAGCUCGGUGGGGCAAAUCGGAGAGUAGGAGCAUUCAAAGGGUGUGAAUGGGCUAACUGGAUCAUUGCAGCCGGGAUCAUGUGUUGGGGAAAUCUUUCGUUUUCGAAAUAGUCGGUGAUUUCAGCGCAUUUUGAUUUGAAGUCUGUACUAGAAUAUAAUCCUGAGGCGCUAUAUCUGUCUGAUAGAAUGUGCGAAUCUUCCCAAAGACAAGAGAGGAGGAUUUUGUAGGAGGCUUUGCAGAGUAUUCGCAUUUUUCUAUUUUUCUAAGAAAAUGUAGUUACCCUCGACUCAAAGUGCUAACUCAUAACGUCAUUCCUGCAGGCUUUUUUUUAACUGUCAUUCCCACUGUUUUUUUUUUUUUGUCAAGUAGUGUAGGCAGAAAUCAACAAACAAAAAGAAAAAAAAACUCUUUACACAUCUGAGAUUAUUAUUGCAUCUAAAUGGCCAUUGUACGGUUUUUACAAGACAUUUACAAGACGAGACAUUUACAGCUGUUUUGAUGUUAGAAUAGAGAAUGAUUGUAUUGCUCCAUCUCGCAGACCUGAUUAUUUGUAUAAUUUGGCAUGAAUGUACAACGAAUCAAGGAUAUAUUUAAAAUCAGGAUAGGACUGGAAGACUAAUUGGUUCAUUUCUGUUUAGCUGCAUUAACAGUAAUCACUUUUAUGACAUACAUAAACAAACUGUUUUAAACCAUACUUAUUGGUGUGUUUACAGCAGUAUUGAGAAAAGGCUUUCACCCCCCAUAGCACCUUCAUACAAUUGUAACUUAUUUAAAGGGGUCUCAUAGGACCUGUACAGAUACUGUACUGAUCUCUUAAUGUGGAUUUCUCAAUAUGCUUCUUGUUUCUUCAGGCACCUGAUACCAAUUUUCCACUAUGAUGCAUAUUGCAUACAAGGCCAGGGUACUGACCUUUUUAGGUAUGUACAUUAUUUUCUGGUUUAUACACAUAGCAUAACGAAAUGUCACACAGCGUACAUGUAUCAUGCGUACGGUUUGGUUGUUCACCAGGAAUGAGCAAAAGACUUAAAUGUGUAUGUUCUUUAAAUGUAUUUCAUUCGUGUCCCAGUUGAAAUGGGAUUUUUUUUCCAUUGAUGUACUCGAAGGUUGCAAGCCAAUCAGGCCAGUUUUACUUCUGAAAUCUUUCUCAGUGAUGCCUUUGUACUAGUUCAAACAUAACUUGUUGCGCCUUGGCCAUUGGUGUCUUGAUUUAUUUGAUGUCACACCAAAUGCAAAUAAUUUCCUAUUCUGUUUCUCUGGUGAUUUGGUCGGAGCUUUGAAUGAUUUCAGAAUAGGUAUGACUGCAGGCUGAGAGUGUUAUUUACCUGAACUCUUCUGGAAUUGUGGGUAACGACUGUUAUGUAAUGUGUACCGUGCUGUGGCUGUCAGUGACAGUCCCAUUGUAAAACAAAGUUUGUGGGCCAGAUCUAAAACUUGGGCCUCAUCAAUCUUACCACAGUUUGCUCUCUCCUUAACUUUUGACUAACAUAAUUUAAGCAAGUACUGUUUUUUUUUUUCUUCCAACUGUUGUGCAAUGUUUUGAUCAAUAUCAACCGUUAUUGCACUCAUGAUGUAGCUCAAGCAUUGGAAAAAGUAAUGAAUAUUCACUUAAAGUUGACGCUCACAUUUAUGUUGAGCAGAUUUUGAUUAGAUUGAGUAGAGACCCUUGUCUUGUAUCCUUACUCAGAAGUGUGGUUCUUUAGUGGUGGAAAAGAAAUCUCACUCGGGAGAGAGCAAGAAAUUUUAGCAUUGAAUAUUUUCAACCGUACAAUGACAACCGCAGAAAAUUGGGAGAUGUACAUCACUUCCCACCCAAACCUGUUAUGUUCAUGCUGUUAUACACACCUAGUAUAGUCACUGUGAUACUGUCUCUUCUCACUCUGUCUACCUUUAAUAAAAUAAACUCAUGCAACAUACCCCUUUAUUCACUGAAUCAUUUGUGUCAUUCUCUGAUG